UUUCUAUAAUUUAUAACACAAUUUGUUUUCAUCACAGUGGCAUUUUCUGUGUAUAAUAUGCUGAUGUGUAUUCUGUGCUUUUAGAAAUAACUGACACAUCCCUUUGAGAAGUGUUUACGAUUACAGAAGAAGCACAGUCUGGAGGGACAACUGCUUUCUAAGAUCUUUAUCGUGUUAAAAUCAUCAAUAUUCAAGGAGUUCAUAAAAAGCAUACAUCAACAGGAGAAGCAGGCAACUUUGGAAAGAUCUUACUUAAGUGAAGUUCAUUAAUGAUGGCAACACCUGCUGAUUCUAACCCAAACCCAAGCCAAACCGUGAAAUAUGAUCGAAAGUCGGAAACGGUGAUUUUCCCAAAUGGGUUGGUUUCUGUGGCAGGUGUCACCGUGGUGACGGGGGGAGCGGAGCUGUCCUGUGGAUCCUGUAUGUUGGCCUUUGGUGUUUGGGGCACUCUGGUUGGUUUGAGUGUUGUGUCGGUGGGUUUGUGGGAUCAUUUGGAGUACAAUACGAGUGGUCUGUCACACCUUCUGGCUCUUGGAUUGGUACUGCUGCUUUCCAGUUUGAGUCUUGUAGCCAUGAUCUUCGUCCUCCGUUUCUUAAUGAAGAAGAGAAGAAUGAUGUCCAGAAGAGAGAGGGCAGAAGCCAAUCUAGUGCUGGUUAAUGAGUAUGCAGAAGUUGUUUUGAAAAAGGUCACAGUGUAAAAGAGUAUGUCAGACCCCUGCUGCUCCAUCUUUGUUUUUCUUCAUCAAUCUUUGCUUAAUCAUGAAAGAAUGUCACAGGAAAUUCACUGGAUUUAAUGCUACAGGAAACAAACCUUGCUAACGUCCUUUGUGAUUUCAGAAUACACAAGAGACGUAUUUGCUUCUACAUUCAUGUCUUUAUUAGACUUAUAUUGUAAAUCUAACUUUUAAUUGCAUAUCUUUUCUUACAUUUUUAAGCAUCGUGUCAUUUUGUCUGUAAUCCAAGUGCAGCUGAAGUGUAUUUUUGUUUUUAUGUAUUUUGAGUUAAUAGUAAUUGUUUUUAUUGCCAUAUACACAGAAAAACACAUGGACACAUGACAACAGGUUUAAUUACAUCACAGCUGCACAGCAAAUGAUGCAUUACAUAAAAUGGUUAACGUGUGUGUGCUUAAACCCACUGCGUUUCUAAAUAUACAUAAGCAUUUAUUUCUUUGUUACUGAAUGUAUUAUCUGCCUUUACAAAACAAAAGUAUUUGGAAAUAUACUGGAGAAUGUAUUUGAAAAUUGCUUAUAUAGCAAGAGAGUUAAUGCUGGGUUUACAUAAAGUUGAACAUUAUUUGUGGUAUGCAUAGUUACACAUCUGAUAUAUAUAUAUAUAAAUAUAUGUGAAAAAUGUAUGUGAUAAAUAUGUGAUCAAAUAAAUCAAGUGUGAUAAUAUAUGUGAUAAAGGUUUUGGAUUUUUGGACAGUUUGAUGUCUUUUCAAAGUAACUGCAAAUUGGUGGAUGAAAAAUGAGAUCUGACAUUUCUAACUUAAUUUAUAGAGUACUCUAUGUGUUAUAUAUAAAAAUACAAAUACAUGGAUAUAUAUCACAAUAUAUUUACAAUAUAUUUGUAUUUUCACAUGUUUUUCAAUAUAUGUAAAGCAACGAUUCCUUAUGUAAUAUUCUAUAUAUUGGUAUAUAGGAACACGUUAUAUUAUUAUGUUUUCAACAUACAACAAAUUAUUUAUACCAAAUUGUUAAUAUA